AUUCCCGUGUCCCAAAGUGGAGACACUUCUGUACCCGCCUUUGUGGCUCUGGUCCCCCACUACCUCACUUGACUCCUGGGCCUGCAAAAUGGCACUUUUGGCUCCUUUUGGUGACAUCAUCAAUGACACAAAUCGCCUCCUGCUGGAUACCUUGUGAAGUUGAAUGCCGCGUGGGAUUCCCCCACCCUGUAGUGACCUCAUAGUAAAGGUUUCGGCGUUAAAGAGAAAAUUCUCAAGCAGAGCCUACAGAGCAAGGAAUUCUCCAGGGUAACUGUUCCUCAGAGCCCUCCAAUUACCGCCUUGGCUGCAGUCCCUUGAAUGCCCUGGUGUGGUGUCUGGUGACAGAAAUGAGAGGGCCUCUGGACAGGGCCAGCAACCCCCACAGAAACGCUGAAUAAAACCGUGGAGCCCUGGAGCCCUGAGCCGUGAACUGGGUCCUGUUUCUGCUGCCAAAGAAACUGCAUAGGACAGGUUUCCCCAAAGGUCCAAGACUCCAGCUACUGCUGAAGGACCCCCACCCUCCAGACCCUGACACGAUGAGUUGGAUCCCCACAUUCCUCUCCAGGAUGGGGUCUAUGCCCUUUCAAGGAGGAUCAAGCAGGAUGGGGAUCCUCCAUGUGAAUUAAUCCCAUGAUGCAACAUGCCUCCCCAGCCCCAGCUCUGACAAUGAUGGCCACGCAGAAUGUCCCUCCCCCACCCUACCAGGACAGCCCCCAGAUGACAGCAACUACCCAGCCACCUUCCAAGGCCCAGCCUGUCCACAUCUCAGCACCCUCAGCUACUGCCAGCACGCCUGUGCCCAGUGCCCCCAUCGAUCCUCAGGCCCAGCUGGAGGCUGACAAGCGAGCUGUGUACAGGCACCCUCUUUUCCCGCUUCUGACGCUGCUGUUUGAGAAAUGUGAACAGGCCACCCAGGGCUCCGAGUGCAUCACCUCCGCCAGCUUUGACGUGGACAUCGAGAACUUUGUCCACCAGCAGGAGCAGGAACAUAAACCCUUCUUCAGCGAUGACCCGGAACUGGACAAUCUGAUGGUGAAGGCAAUCCAGGUCCUGAGGAUCCACCUGCUAGAGUUGGAGAAAGUCAAUGAACUCUGCAAAGACUUUUGCAACCGUUACAUCACCUGCCUCAAAACCAAGAUGCACAGCGACAACCUGCUCAGGAAUGACCUCGGGGGCCCCUACUCCCCCAACCAGCCCUCCAUAAACCUUCACUCCCAGGACCUCCUGCAGAAUUCCCCCAAUUCCAUGUCUGGAGUCUCCAAUAACCCCCAGGGGAUUGUGGUCCCAGCCUCAGCACUCCAGCAGGGCAACAUCGCCAUGACAACGGUCAACUCACAAGUCGUGUCAGGUGGAGCCUUAUAUCAACCGGUUACCAUGGUAACCUCCCAAGGUCAGGUGGUCACCCAAGCAAUCCCCCAGGGAGCCAUCCAGAUCCAGAAUACACAGGUUAACCUUGACCUCACCUCCCUCCUGGACAAUGAGGAUAAGAAGUCCAAGAACAAACGAGGAGUCUUGCCCAAGCAUGCCACCAAUAUAAUGCGUUCUUGGCUCUUCCAGCAUCUCAUGCACCCCUACCCCACAGAAGAUGAGAAGAGGCAGAUUGCAGCCCAGACAAACCUCACCCUUCUGCAAGUUAACAACUGGUUCAUCAACGCUCGGAGGCGCAUCCUGCAGCCCAUGCUUGAUGCCAGCAACCCAGAUCCUGCUCCCAAAGCCAAGAAGAUCAAGUCUCAGCACCGGCCCACCCAAAGAUUCUGGCCCAAUUCCAUUGCUGCCGGGGUCCUGCAGCAGCAGGGCGGCACCCCAGGGACGAACCCUGAUGGUUCCAUCAACUUGGACAACCUGCAGUCCCUGUCCUCCGAUAAUGCCACCAUGGCCAUGCAACAGGCCAUGAUGGCGGCACACGACGACUCGUUGGAUGGAACCGAAGAAGAGGAUGAAGAUGAUAUGGAAGAGGAAGAAGAGGAGGAGGAGGAGUUAGAGGAGGAGGCAGAUGAGCUGCAGACAACGAACGUCAGCGACCUGGGCUUGGAACACAGUGACUCCCUGGAGUAGCCAGGCAGCCCAGGUGGCACUGGUCACUGAGAAGGAAAGGAGUGUCAUCAGGAGGGGUCAGGGUGGGAGGGAGGGGAUGUGGGCAGGCAGCACCAAGAAAGUUGGGCCCUAGCUUCCCCGAAUCAUAGCUUGAAGAAAUGCAGAGGCAACACCCUGCUCCUUCCCGACCACCACGCUUCCGUGAACACCUACUUCCAGACCCUCGGACUGCAUAGCACUCCAUUGCCGGGGCCAGUCAGCCUGUGCAGGAAGGCAGAGUGAGAUCUGGACUCACCAAAUACCUGAAGACAGGUGGCCCCCAUGGCUCCACACGGAAAAGGACUUGGGUUGUUUACAAGCCCUGCCCUGUGAGGUGGACAGGUGCCGUUUGCAGAGUGGACAUUUGCCAAGGGGCAGACUUGGAGGGAAGGGUGAGACGGGGAGAGGGGGGUCUAACAUUUCCCCCCAGGAGAAUCUGAGCUCCCUUGAAAGACACUCAAGGAUGGUCCAUAUGCAUAACUGGUGGCCAGAGGAGGAGGGCCUGAGGCAACAUCGUAUCCUACAGAUCCGAGUGGGACACAAACUGCACAGGGCUCCAGCCUGCCCCACCAGGACCCUGUCUCUUAGCACAGCAGUCAUGGACUUAGGAGAGGGGGAUGGAAGCCAAAAGAGACUCCUUCCCCUUGGAAAAGCAUUGUCAGUGGGUCCAACCUGAAGAGCUUAAGAGCGGCUCUCCAUCUGGGUUAGCUCUAGGACCAAGCAGGCAGCAGAACCUGGAUCGGGAGCCAUAUUUAAGAUGACUUUGGGGACCACAUCUGUCCCGAGGUGAUCACAUCACAUCUCCUGUAACAAUAGGACCUUGACGUUUUACCCUAGAUGCUCCUAUCCUCAGAUGGAGUUCUUCAGAUAGCCCAGCCCCUCUGUGAACCUUUAGAGGGGGUGCUCGGGGUUCAUCCCACUCCACAGGUCCCCGUGGUAUCCCUCAGCUCCCAGGCUGGUACCACCGGCUGCCUCUAGCCUCCUUCUCCAUUCCAUCCUCCUGAGAAGGCAGAAGACACAUCGGAAAGAAGCGUUAUCCCAGUGGGAAGCCAGGGUCUGAAGAGGUGCUGCUGCUCUUGCCUUCAGUACCCAACGUGGCAGGAGGAUGGUGGACAAACUGAUCUGCACACACCAUUGGGCUCGGCGCUGAAGGAACUGGGGGCUCCUGGGAGGAGGCUACCUACCAUCCGUCCUCACACACACCCUCCAAGCCCAACUCGGAGGGCCCACGAUUGGCAACCCACUCCUCCUGUCCCCUACUAUUCUAUGGCUGUGAAUGGCAGGACUGAUCACGUGUGUGUUUUCCAUUGGGUUUAAUGUGAUGGAUGUGCAGUUUCAUUUGUAAGUGUGCAUUAGUCAUCUCCUUCAGUGGUAGGACGUGAGUGGCUAUCUGGCUCAACCCAAGGGGACCCUUGGGACCUUCUGGGUCUCCCCUCUUCUACCUGGUUGAGCGGAGCAAAAGGAUAGUCACUUUUCUGAGGUCUCCCGGAAAUGAAUGUAUUUCUCCCCCAAAAGAGCUGAUAUUUAAUGUUUUACUAGGGAUUUUUGAGAAACAAAUAACCUUAUUUAUAAUCUGGGUGAUCCAAUCAUUUUUUUACUCCCUUUUGAUGCCAUACCUAGAGGAAAGGCAAGCUUUUUUGGUGUGAGACUUUUGCAACACACAGUGGAUAAAAUGUGUUUCCUCUUCUGGUUCAUUUUUCUUGUUAAAAUACAUACAUCCACACAUAACUUCCUUCACGCAGCACCGUGACAAGCACCCUAAUCAGCAUGGACAUGUGCGCAUAUGUGCACAUGGAUACACAUGCCUACAUCUCUUCCUCCCAGUCCCUUCCACCUGCCUAAUGUUAUGCAACCUCCUUCCAAUGUAUCCACCAAACCAGUACUGAAUGUGGCCGCGAAGUUUUCAGUAAAUCUUAUCACCUACCGAAA